AUGUUUAAAUUACAGAUCAUUUUAAUCCCACCGAGGGCUUCAGAUUUACAGGUUCCAAACUGUGCAAUAAUUGGUAAUCCAAUCAAUUCAAAUGGAAAAAUACGAUUUCCUAUAUACAAUUCUAAACACAACAAGUUAAUCUCUAUUACCAACAUUACUAAUCCACAUUUUACUGUUAACACUAACGCUAGCGCCAUUAACCAUAAUAGUACCUCAAUACUGAACUGUAGUACCUCCACAACUUCAAACUAUAAUAUGGCAAUUGCAGCUAACCACCACAGUUUAAAACAAUGGAGACUUAAAUUGAACCAAAUAAUUGCUUAUCGAAACCAAUUAUUUCAAAAACAUUGUAAAAAAUUUUUAUUAUUUAUUAAUUUACAAAGUGAUUUAAAUCAAUUGGCCAAUGAAAUUUCAUUAAAAUUUAAGGACAUGUAUCCAAAUUUUACAGAUGAUUUAAAUAUUCUUAGUAUUCAAGAUAAUAAUGGGAAUGAUCUAGAUCCUGAUUACAUUGUUAAAGAUAUAUUUAAUACAAACAAUAUUGUUAAAGUGUUUAUCGACAAAGAUAUCGAUUGGAAUAAUCCUAAAUACUUGGAAACAAAGUACACAAGAUACAAUAAAAGAAGAAAAGUAAAUCCUAAAAAAUAUUCUAGUAACAAAAUCAACCACAAUUACAAUAAUAAUAACAAGAAUAUUCCUAAUAUAAGAAUAUAUGCAUCAAGAACACCAGAAGUUUAUAGAGAUAUAGAUUCAGUCAUUAUGGACAAUACAAUAGAUCAAAGUAUUUCAAAACCUCCCGCAAACUUCCAACCCUCAGAUAUUAUAUCGACUCCAAAGGUAUCCCCAUCAAAAACAAGAAAUAUAGAUAAUAGAAGUAUAGAGAAAGUUGAAGAACAUGACGAAUUUUAUGAUCAAUCAUCUCCAAAGGAAACUUUAUUGGGUACACCAGUCAUGUCAAUUAUCACACCAAAUAAAUUGACCGAUUCACAACAGAACUUAUAUUCAACUAAUAAUUAUCUUACAGAAACAGUUAGACAUUCUGAUUCAUUUAAAACUGCUACUCAAAAUAUAUCAAAUAACAUUUCCCCAAUGAAAACUCCUACGACAAAAGGUAACUUUUUAAGUUUACCAAUUAAUGGAAUAUCCUCCACAAUCCAUGAUACUUCUAAAGCUAUUCUGUCACCCUCAAAUUUAUCAGUGAAUAUAAAUGUGUCCUCUAAUAAUAAAAAUCGAACAUCUGUUGAAAUUAGCAAUUCUAGCAUAAAUAAGCAAAAAACAAAAAACAUUUUAAUAAACAAAGAAUUAAAAUUUGAAAGACCAAGUGCACUGUCUAUGGCUAAGAGAGCUAGUUUACAAAGACAGCAGAGUACCCUAGCAAAUGCUAGAGGCUCACCUAUGAAAGAUGAUCAAUCGUCCAAAAAAUUGUCAGAAAAUGUACAUUUGGCCGAAUUACCUACUAAAACAAGUAACAUAUUAGAGUCAAAAAACAAAUUUUUGGAAAAUAAUAAUAAAUCAAAAAGUAUAUUUGAAAAAAUUAUGGAACAUCAAAAAAAUUCAAGUUCUAAUAAGAAUAAUCCUAAUAUUAUUACAAGUAAAUUCCAAGAGGAAAACAACUCAGAAGGACAAAAAACAACACAGAUCAUUAAUAAUAAUAGCUAUAAUCCAAGUAAUGUGGUAAAAAGUCAUGAUCCUAACUCCAAUGAUCAGAAUCAAGAACGAAAUAAGUCUUUAUUGAACAAUAAUAAAGACCAAAGUAAUCAUCAACAAAACAAUGAUCAAGUAAGUUCCUUGAGUGUGAAGAACCAUCUAUCCAAAAAAAAUGAAGACAAGAAUAAGUCUUUAAUCAGAAAAUUGGAUAUUUUACCAGAAAAUUCAAUAGUCAAACAUACACAUACUAUUGAAAAUAAUCUUUUGGACGCAAACAUAAACAAAAAGGUCGAAACAUACUCUAAAAGCAACAUCGAUACAAAUUCUUCUAAAUUAUCUCUACAACAAAAAAAAGAUAAAAAAUUCGAGAAACCUAGUAAUGAUUUGGAACAUCCAAAUUAUGAUUCAUUAUCAAGAAAAUCUUUUAGCAUACAGCAUAAUAUUUCACCAUCAUUAUCAUCAGUUAUAAAAUCUAAACAAACUUCUCAAAAUCCUAAAAUAUCUAAACCUAAUCAAAUUGUAGAUAAAGAAUUAACCUAUGAUCAAAUGACUAAACCAUCCACUCAAAUUUCUGAAAUCACAACUAUUUCUAAUAAUUUGGCACCAACAAAUACUAAACUAAUAUCGAAAGUAUCUCUACCAUCUCCCAAUAUGUUAGUAAGUAGUCCACAUGAUGCAUUAUCCACAUUAACACAUAAUCAAAAAAUAACAACAAGCUCAAGUAGAACUUUAGAUCCUCAAAUAGCAGCUGGAAAUAAACCUUUAAAUCAUAAUAUUUAUCACAAUAUCUUACCAAAUAACCCAAGUUUUCAAAAGAUUGAGUUAUUGCAAAUAUUUAAAAAUAAUAAUCUUAAAAUUCCACCUUGGCUGUCAGAACAUCAAAAUUUUACCAAUGAAAGAACUAUUGGUAAAUCCAGAAAGAAACCAUAUUUAACUGUUUUAAAUAAGGAUAUUGACAACUCCAAACCAGACCCUAGGAAUAUUCUACCUUCAAGAACACAAAGAAAUGCUGCUCGUAAAGCUUCAUUAAAGUUGUCGGGACAAGCUGCUGCUUUAGAAAAAUAUGAUAGUGACAAUAACUUCAAUCCAACUGAAGAAUUUGGAAGUUAUUCAGAGAGCGAAGUAGAAUAUGAAUCAACAAGCUCUUCAGGAAUUAUGACAGAUACAUCCUCUGAUGAAGAAAUCAUUGCUAAUUUAGCAAAAACCACACCAGACUCCACUGUAUUGAGACAUGAUCUAAAAGAAAGUAUCGUUAAUGAUGGCAUUACCAAUACAAAUAUCAAAACAACUGCUAAAUCUAAGCAAGCUCAAGCACAAUCAAACGAAAACCAUAAUAUAUCAGAUAUUUCUGCUCAUAAUAUCAAUAAUAGGCAAAGCAAAUAUGAUAAAUUAAUAAAUAAUGCUUCUCAUAAUAAAACAAUGUCAAAUGAGAUCAAAAAUUUUUCUUCACAGAGGGAAAAUAACACACCAAUCAAUAAUAUAAGUAAUACUUUAUAUCAACCAUUUGUUCUUCCUAAACUUUCACAGUCUGCUGUAACUAUUGUACCGGAGACAAUUAUUCUAUCCGAUGAAUCAGAUGAUUUGAAUGAACUAGGAAGUUCUAAAAGGUUUAGUAAAAAUAUUCUAAAUACACACAUUUCUAGUUUUAAUAACCAAAAAGCAGGUAAAUCUAUAUCAAACAAAAAGGAUGAUGAUAUUGAAGCAUCUUCAUUUAUGAAUUAUUUAAAACAUCCAGAAGUGGGAGAGGAUUUAUUACUUGAUCUUGAUUCAUCAGAAUCAAAUGAUGGUGAUGAUGAUAAUAUAUCGAAUAUAUCAUAUAGUUCUAGUGAUAUGUCAAUAAAAGAGAUGGAACAAGUUCAGUUCACUGUCAAAACUUCCAACAAUAUACCAUAUUUGGACGAAACUGUGCAUAAUUCGUCCACACCACAAAAUACAUCAAGAAGCACUUCUAUAUUACAUUCAAUUAAUUCGAAGUCAACUUCUAUUGAUAAUCGAAGUAGUCUUGAAUUCGUGACCAACACUUCAACAAAAAUCUCCAAUAGAUUACAAAGGCUAAACAAUAUCAACUUAGAAGUUACAAGGAAAACUAGUCCAGUAAAAGUUUUUUCUUCAGUAAACAGAUCGCAAGAUCGUUUAACGGAAGAAAGGUUAGCAGAAACCUCUUCUGAAUAUGAAACAAGUGAUGCUGAUUUAUACGAAGAAUAA